AUGCAGAUUUUCGUCAAGACUCUGACGGGUAAGACCAUCACCCUUGAGGUGGAGUCCUCGGACACCAUCGACAACCAGCGCCUCAUCUUCGCCGGCAAGCAGCUCGAGGACGGCCGCACGCUCUCGGACUACAACAUCCAGAAGGAGUCGACCCUCCACCUCGUGCUCCGUCUGCGUGGUGGUAUCAUUGAGCCCUCGCUCAAGGUGCUCGCCGGCAAGUACAACUGCGACAAGCAGAUUUGCCGCAAGUGUUACGCCCGUCUCCCUCCUCGUGCUACCAACUGCCGUAAGCGCAAGUGCGGUCACUCGUCGCAGCUCCGACCCAAGAAGAAGUUGAAGUAA